ACUAUAUGUUAUACUUGGAAACUGUGCAAGAAGAUAAAGAAGUUCUUCAAUGUUUGUUGAUUGAUUAUUAAAACUCAAAACAGGGAAAAGAGAUACUGUAUAAGUUAUUAUUAAGAAAAAAAUGGGUUAAAGUGCACGAACGCAGAUACAUUUUGAUAGACAUAUUUUUCGUAAUAUAUAUAUAUAUAUAUAUACAUAUAUAUAGAUUUAAAUUUAUACAAAUAUUUAUAGUAUGUGUAAUAUGUGUAUGUGUGGAGAUGUGCAAAAAUCUUGAUGUAUUUAAGUUAUUUAUAUAUACAGUAAGUAUCUGAUAUAUAUAUAAUUUUUGACUUCGUAAAUAUAUAUAUAACUACUGUACAUAGUAUAGAAUAAAGUAAUGACUCUCUUCUCUUUAUGUUUCAAGGACUUUGUGCACCUGAAGUUAUGUAAAGAAUUGAAAAAAAGCACACCUUUUAUUUUCUUAGAGCCUUUCUUUUUUUAGUCAUGCAUGACUUGUUUUAUAAAUUGAUUCAACUUGAUUUACUCCAAUUCAUAUAUGGAGCGCGUACAAUUUGCGAUAUAUCGACUUUGCGAAUCGAUAUUGGAACAUAAAGAAAGGACCAAUCACAAGUGUCUAAUUUACAUGCAGUUACAUGAUUGGUUGGCAAUAUUAAGUUUUUCGGCAUUUUUAUUUAGGUUAGGUUUGUCUAACACGUGUGUUUAUUAAAAAUAUUUUUAUCGUAAACUAUAUAUUGGAGGAAAUAAACAUAAAAUAAAUUUGACAUUAUGUCUAAGCGUCCAGAACUUAUGGCACCACCUGAGGUGUAUUAUAAUGAAACAGAAGCAAAGAAGUAUACACAAAGCUCCCGUAUGAUAGAUAUCCAAGUACAAAUGUGUGAACGUGCUAUAGAACUUCUUGUUUUACCUGAAGAUCAAUGCUGUUUACUUUUGGAUAUUGGUUGCGGAUCAGGUCUUAGUGGUAGCGUAUUGGAAGAUCAGGGACACUUAUGGAUUGGUGUUGAUAUCUCUUCAUCUAUGCUUGAUAGAGAAACGAAUGGCGAUUUGAUCCUAGGAGAUAUGGGUCAAGGAUUGCCAUUUAAGGCUGGUGCAUUUGACGGUGCUGAUAUUUCUGCAUUGCAGUGGUUAUGCUAUGCAAAUAAGGCUUCGCACAAUCCUACAAAGCGUUUGUAUCGUUUCUCGACGUUAUAUGCAUGUCUGUCAAGAAGCGCCAGAGCAGUAUUACAGUUCUAUCCAGAGAACAGUGAACAAGUUGAAUUAAUUACUGCACAAGCUACAAAAGCUGGCUUUUUUGGUGGUGUGGUUGUCGAUUACCCAAAUAGUACAAAAGCGAAGAAAAUGUUCUUAGUUUUAAUGACUGGAGGAGCUGUUCCACUUCCAAAAGCACUAGGUACAGAGACUGAAGAUAGACAAACCGUCGCUAACUCGAAAAGGGAAUAUAUUAAAAAUGCCAGAGGUAAACCAUUGAAGAAAAGUAGAGACUGGAUAAUAGAAAAAAAAGAAAGGAGGCGACGACAAGGAAACGAAGUGAGAGUUAAUACUAAAUAUACUGGACGAAAAAAGAUCUGGACGAUUUUAAGGUAUACUAAAAUAUAAAGUAUUUUUAAAAUAAUUUCUCUUCGUAGUUAAUUAUA